CCAAUAUUAAAGGAGGGGUUGGUGAAUCUAUACAAAUUAGGACUUUAGGAAUCAUAACAUCAUAAGAACAAUCUCUUUUGAAAUGACGAAAUAUUUUCCGAAUUAAUCAGAUCAAUGUAGUUGUAAAGAAGUAUAAAAGUCUAGCAUGGCAAUUAUCAGUGUUGCUCAACUCACUGAACACGGUAAAACACCCCUGUGCGAGCAGCGAGUUUAAGUUACGGCUGCAUCAUGCUAGAGAGCUUCUUUUUCACAAAACAAGGAGAUUUUCAUCCGCAAGAAGCUGACCCAAUUACACUUCUGUCGGGGCCCCCUUCCAGUGGUAAGACCUCAUUGCUGUUCCAGUUUGCAGUCAACUCAGCGUCACAGUGCAGCAAUGUCAAUUCUAAAGUGGUUUUCAUAUGUAGCCGGCGAAGGCUGGAAACCAAACCCCCUUAUCUUGCCCAGGGCAUUGAUCCAGGUUGUGAAAUAUUUAAGCGAAUAAAAAUGAAAUAUAUUAAUGAUGAUGAUGAUGAGGGAAUCAAGAAGUACUUCGCUGCAUUUCACCUUAAGGAUACGUUUCCAAUUGCAGUUGUUGUUGAUGAUUUCGGAGAUUUCUUCCAUGAAAGAAGCUGUCAAGAGAGAUAUGGUAAUCCUCGUGGAAGAGACUUGGCAAUGGUUCGGACUCUAGCUUUGUGUCACAAUGCAAUAAUUUUUGCCAAUAAAACAGGGCCUUGCAGGCUUUUAUUAUCUGAUACGCACAAUGGGGAUUCUCCAAGGUCGCUAUUUAUCUACAAGAGGUGGAUUCGCACCAUUUUUACAGUCAAGGGUGAUGAUUCUGGAUCUUUUUGUUUGAAAUAUAACAAGUAUUCAGAAAGUGGGAGCUCUAAGGGCACAAAAACAGCCAAGUACUCCAUAGCGUUUCAGUAUUUGUUGUUGGAGGGGAUUACUGAGGUUGAUGAUAAGCAGUGAUUGAUUUUGUAGGUGAUUUGUGCAAGUUGCUUGGAGGGAUUAAUUAUGAUCGGUGAAUAGUAUGAUGAUUUUUGUUGGGUUGGUUUCUUUCACUAGAAAUGCUCAAAAAAAAUCUGCAAAUUGAUAUUAUUGACAAAUGUUUAAUGUGCAUUCAAGUUGUGCCUUAAUAUAUAAAGCUUAAUGUCUCAUCUUAAUCAUGUA